UGUUACAGCACAAUAACAACGUGGUUUCGAUUCUUAUAUCAUUAUCGAAUUGUUUAUUACUUACUUCGGUAUCUACAAUUAUAAUGAGGAGACGAAACCAUGAUAAAGGCAAGAUGAGGUUUAACACAAUUGUAAAAAACGUGAUAAGCGAUUUUGGAGAGGAGGCGAACGAAGGAAAGGAUGGUUACGAUAAACCCUCAGCGACUCUUGGUCGAAAAGAACGCAGAAGACAAAUGAAAAAACAGCGUAAGAGUCGUCAAAUGGAGCCUGUUGAGCACGUUGUAGCGACAGAGCUGGUAAAAUCACAGCCGCCUAAAAACCCCUUUAAAAAAACUAGACAAAAACGAAAACCGGAAAGUGGGGCAACAAAACGGAAGCGAAAGCGAGCGAAACUUCUUGAAAAACAAGAAGAGUUUGUGAGGGAAGACAAUACUGAAGAUGAUAGGACAAUCCAAAACAUUGAAAAGUUGAUGAAAAUAAAGAAGAAAAAGACACUUCCAUCAGCAUUUGCAAGUGACGGAUUGGAUUUUCUACUUGAUGUUAUUGGACAAGGAGAAACUGAAAGCGGAUUAAACGAUCUUAAAAAUGAAACAAAGAACUAUGAGGAUGGUGAUGUCAUCCAUCACAGUGAUGGUCUUGAUAGUGAUGAUGAGGAGGGGGACGAUCAGGAUGAAGAUAUCUUGGAUGAUGUUUUGUCAGAUGUGCCGGAGGAGGAUUUUGAUGAUGCGAGUGAUGAACCAGAUGAGGAGGAUUUGGUUGAAGAAGAUGAGAUGGGAAGUGAUGCUGGUUGGGUGAAUGAAGUUGAAAGUGAAGAUGUUAGUGAAGAAGAAGCAUCUGUUAUUGAUGAUGAAGAAAAUAAUGCUGUUGUUGUAAAACCAGUUGAAACUGAGGAAAGUAUCAGUGGAAAAUAUGUUCCACCUGCCUUGAGACGGAAUAUGUCAGAAAAGGAAAACGAAAAACGAAGAAAACUUGAGCGGCAAAUCAAAGGAUGGUUGAACAGAUUAAGUGAGUCAAAUCUGGGAAUGAUUUGUUCUGAAAUUUGUGCCAUCUAUCAAGUAAAUAGUCGAGCGUUUGUAACUGAGAUAUUGACAGAUGUAAUAUUGGUACAGUUUUUCACUCCCGACCCAAUACCAGAGCGACUUAUAACAGAAUCCUCAAUGUUAAUUGGUGUCCUUUGUCAUAACAUUGGUGUGGAGGUGGUGGCCCAUUUUAUUGAGGCAGCAUGCAGAAAACUGGGCAAAAUUUUUUUGAUGCAAAAUUAUGGAAAAGGAAAGGAAUGUAACAACAUUGUGCAACUUCUCUGUAGUUUGUACCAAGUGCGAACUAUGCAGACACAGAUUGUUUUGGAUUUAAUAGAGAAGUUUAUUGUUGGUUUCACUGAAAAGGACAUUGAACUUCUGGUGCUUGUGUUAAAAAAUGUUGGUUUUCAAUUAAGAAAAGAUAAUCCUAUUCUACUGAAAGAAAUAGUGGAAAAAAUUACCAAACAAUCCCAAGAAUUAACACAAGAUAAUUCUUCUAGAAUGAAAUACAUGCUUGAGGUUUUGACUGCGAUUAAAAACAACAAUGUUCGAAAAGUAACAGAAUACGAUGUAGAACUUUUAAACAACAGAAGAAAGAAAAUCAAACUUUUAAUUAAAGCAGAAUCAGAAAUUUUGCCAGAUGUAUCAUUUCAGGAUCUGGUUGAUGCGGAGACAAAAGGAAGAUGGUGGAUCGUGGGAAGUUCAUGGAAAGGAGUUCCGAUGCUAAAGAAGUCAACGGAAACUACUGUAGAAGUUGACACCAACGUCAGUUCCCAGUUGAUAGAAGCAGCUCGUAAAUUAAGAAUGAAUACUGAUGUUCGUAGGGGAAUAUUUUACGCUAUUAUGUCAGCUGAGGAUUACAUGGAUGCCUUUGAAAGAGUGGUAAAGAUGGGUUUAAAGGGAAAACAACUUCGUGAGAUUAGUCAUGUUGUUGUGGAAUGUUGUAUUCAACAAAGAUCAUUCAACCUCUUCUAUUAUCAUCUACUGAAUAAAUUCUGUCUUUAUAACAGAGAAUUCAUAAUGACAACACAAUGUACAUUCUGGGAUAAGUUUAAACUUCUUGCCUCGUACAGUAAAAUGCAACUUUCGAAUCUAUCAAGUUUAGUUUCAAGUUUGCUUCUUUCGCAAGCACUUCCACUUGCAUGUCUGAAGACACUUGAGUACACGGAAAUGGACAAACCAAUGGUUUCAUUUUUACGUCAGGUUUUAAUUCGGAUAUCAAGAUCAGAAAAUGCAGAUUCUAAAAUAAGUGAGAUUUUCCCGAAACUUGGAUCUAGCAAGCACUCCCUGGUUCGUCAAGGAUUAAAACUUUUUAUUCAACAUUUUAUGCUCGGUGAUGCUAAUUUCAUGAAAGAACAUGAAGAUAUAAAAGACUGUUUAACAAACAUGGAUAAUAAACUCGUGUCUUCAAAGCAAUCAUCAAUUUUUGGUGGAGUGUGUUAAUACUGUUGUGAACUUGUGGUUACCGAAUUUUUUGUUCUGUUUUACAAUUAUGUGUUGGUAUAUGUAUUACUAUUAUGUAUUGGUCCAGUUUGAUAUAUCUGGACUUUUGACAGAAAUGUUAAGUGUAUUUGA